AAUCUAUUGUCAAAGUAAAAUGUCAACUAAAUAAUGUCAUGAGUGUCAAGCCGUUUCGCUGAUUAUUUAAUUUUCAGAUUUUUUAAUAAUUAACUGAUAGCUCGCAGUGCAAAAUAGUUCAUUUACUCUGGUAAGAUGAUGCAACAUCAAUACUGGGUAACUAAAAAGACUGUGCUAAAAAAGUUGGGAACCAAGGAAGAUGAGUGUAUUGUUGCGUCUGACGCCGAACUCGAUGCUAAACUCGAAUUAUUUCGAUCAAUAUCAGACAGCUGCUUACAAUUACAGCGAGUAUUGGACCAAUAUCAGGAAAGAUUGUGUAUUUUGGCUCAAGAAGAGAACUCGUUAGGGAAAUUCCUGCGAGAUGCUGGAAAGAAUGCGGAUGCGUCUGGUAAACACAUGGUAUCGGCAGGUAAAGCUAUUUCAUAUUCUGGGCAGCAGCGCGUAUCGGUGAGGGGCCCUUUGUUGAGGCUUUAUCACGAAGUGGAGACUUUUAGAGGCCGCGCUGUGAGUGAUAUGCGGGCGACGGUAGCUGCAAUGGAAAAAUCCCGAAUUGAAUACCGUGCUGCACUAAGCUGGAUGAAAUCAACGAGCGCACAACUAGAUCCUGAUACGGGUCGCGGCCUUGACAACUUCCGAAAGGCGCAACGUCAAGUACGCGAGAGCAAAAAGCUAUUUGACAAAUUAACAUUAGAUGUAUUGCAAAAGAUUGACCUACUAGCUGCGGCUAGAUGCAACAUGUUCUCCCAUGUCUUAUCAAACUACCAAUCUUCCUUUGUAACAUUUGCCACUAAAGUAGCUCAAACCUUACUAGCUACUGCGGACACCAUGAAUGCUGCUCCGCAGUAUGAAUUCUGUAUACUGAAGGAAUUGUCACAGUCUUUGGGGGAAGGUGAUGCUAAAGAAGUUGUUCCUCAAGAUAAAGAUCAGAUGCUGUUCUUUCAGGAUGAAUUUAAGGAUGAUAAUCCAGAAAAAAGUACAGAACCUAAACCUACAUCAGAAAACCCCAAAACUGACAACGAAAAUGAACAACCGUCCAAUUCAAAAGAAACGAAACCAAACACAUCUGUUAACCUCAUUGACACAAGUUGUCUUGAAGGGGAGGCUUCUAACAGCGGGAAUACUGGCACUAUGUCAGAACUGGCUGGGCUGCGGAUGGAUUGUGGAGAAAUGCAAAAUGAUUUUGAAACUUUCCUGCCAUCACAGUUACUAGAGAACUCUUCAAGCUUGCUGCAAGGUCUGAUGGCUCCAGUAACAACCAACAACAAUCAAGCACCAAAAUCUCCACCCAAGCCUGCUGCCAAACCAAGUCCCAGUUCAGUCAUUCCAAAGAAAGAGGAUAAAGCUGCAUGGUUCAAACUCUUUGCUGAGCUAGACCCUCUUGCCAACCCGGACAACCUCCCUGGCUCCAACUCCAGCCAUAGCCAUGCAGCCUAAGAUAACAAGAGCUUAUAUCUCAUAACUGUACUUAUUUAGAUCAUUGUUGAAUAUUGACACUAUGGCAAAUCAUAGUCACUGACUUCAUUCCAUGGAAACACACCAACGUCAUUACAAAAGCUUGUCUGUUGAUAGUUUAAUGUAUUGUUGUGGGACAUGUCAGCCUGAAUAUAUUACUUCGAAAAAAAAAAUCUAACUCACAUACUAAUAAAAAUCACUUACAACCUUAUUCUAACUGGAGUAAUAAAAGCUAUCUACAGACAGGUUUAUAAUAUUAGCUGUUAAUAUUUCCAAACUUCUUGAACUGAAUGCAGUGAUAAGUAUAUUAUGUGUGUAUUAGUAUAAAUGUUAUAGAAAAAUUUUGUGACUACAUAUUUUGAAGACAACUUUCGUUUUAGAAUUAACCUCUACCUACUAGUGUAAUGAUGUAUUACAUAAAUAUGCUCAUUUGCUUACACUUUAUAAUCAUGUACAUUUUAUAUUAUUGUACUGUGCUCUAUACAUGACUAUAUAAUAUCUAUGAUACACAAUGAUCUGAGGCUAUAUCCACUUAAAGUAAUAUUAUUGCAGUUGUGUGAAAGAGACGACGCUAUACGCCGUGAAGUGCGCUGUCACACUUCCACAAAGUCAAUAAUAUUAUUCCAAGAUGGCGGUAGACCCCUUAUUAGUGUAAAGACAAACUUUAUAAUCGAAUAUUCUUGUUUGGUAUCUAUAUAUCAUGUUAGUAUAUAAGUUGUAUUAUUUUUUGUGUUAUGUUAUUCCUGUUGUUAGUUAAUAGUUUUAGAUUUAUAGAAAUUUGAAUUUGAUUUUAUGACCAAAGAUUAGUAUUAUAUUGAGUAUUUUUACAUUCCAAAUCGAUACUGAAAUAGUAUUAUUUAUAGUAGUUUGUGUACCUAUAACUCAGUGAUUAUCAAAAUGGUGUAGAAAAUCUAGUUUACUAUGACGUCACUGGAUAUGAUGGUCUAUAUUAUUUCAGUGUCUCCUCAGUAUGUGGUUUUUAUGUAUAAAACCAACAACAUGUUAUGUUUUAAAUAUGAUACUGCAAACAAAAAUUAAAAGAAAAGUGUAGACCAAUCAGUUGGACAAUAAAUCACUGUAGAUGCUUAAAAUUAUUAUUUGUUCAUAAUAUCGAUGGUUUUGUUUUCUAUGUACUUAUUUAUGUCUAGUCACCUGAAUCUUUAUGCUUUUAAACUUGUACCAAAAAUAUAUGCUUUAUAUCCCA